AUGGCGGAGAGUCCGGCCGCCGAGGAAGCGGCCCCGGCCGCGGUGCUGGCGGCGGCAGCAGCGGCGGCGGGAAGCGGCGGCUCCUCGUCCAGCCCGGGAGGCGGAACGGGGAGUCCCGGUGUCUUCAUCCCCGCCGAGCUCUGGGCGGCGGCGGGUUUCGGCGCUGCGACGCCGGGCGCUGGCGUCGCCCCGGGGAGCGGCGGCGCCCCCAUCGCGGCAGCGGCGGCGGCUGCGGGGGCCGCGCUCCUUACGCACUCCGCCUUCUGGGACCCCACGGUCAGCGGGGACUGGGACAGCGAGCGGCCCAGCCCGGCCUGUCUUCUGCGGAUCAAACGGGAUAUCAUGUCCAUUUACAAGGAACCGCCCCCGGGAAUGUUUGUGGUGCCUGAUCCCCACGACAUGACCAAGAUUCAUGCAUUGAUCACAGGCCCAUUUGACACGCCUUAUGAAGGGGGUUUCUUCUUGUUCCUGUUUCGCUGUCCUCCAGAUUAUCCCAUCCACCCACCUCGGGUCAAACUGAUGACAACGGGAAAUAACACAGUGAGGUUUAACCCCAACUUCUACCGCAAUGGGAAAGUCUGCCUCAGUAUCCUAGGCACCUGGACCGGGCCUGCAUGGAGCCCAGCACAGAGUAUCUCCUCAGUCCUCAUCUCCAUCCAGUCCCUGAUGACUGAGAACCCCUACCACAAUGAACCUGGCUUUGAGCAGGAGAGGCACCCUGGGGACAGCAAGAACUACAAUGAGUGCAUUCGGCACGAGACCAUCCGAGUAGCAGUGUGUGACAUGCUGGAGGGGAAGUGUCCCUGUCCUGAGCCAUUGAGGGGUGUAAUGGAGAAAUCCUUCAUGGAAUACUAUGACUUCUAUGAAGGGGUGUGUAAAGAGAGACUUUAUCUACAAGGACAGACCAUGCAGGAUCCCUUUGGUGAGAAACGAGGCCACUUUGACUAUCAGUCCCUCUUAGUGCGUUUGCAAGGGAUUCGGCAGAAGGUGCAAGAGAAACACCAGCAGGAGAACACAGAAAUAGACUCUGAGAGCAGCUCCUCUGAGACAGAGACAGACACUCAAGGUUGCUCUAAAGCUUAGAGCCACACUCACAGUGGAGAGGCCAAGCCCUGGGGGGAUCUUCUGUCUUCACACUCUAGAGUGUUGCCCCUGACAGACUCAACAACCAAACCAAUGCCAGAGUGGAGAAAACUGGCAGGAUAUCUUCUGUCUCCUUGUGCUGCUCUGGUGGAUAAUGCUGACUGAGAAGACUUCAUGCUUAGACAAAGCCAAGCUUGUGCCAGGCUACUCUUCAAAAGGUACUUCCUACCCUAGACAAGCCAGAGCAUGUGGCAUCAGGUUAUGUUUUGGAAAC